GCGGUUUCGCUGUCGGGACGAGCUGCACCGCGUAAAACCCGUUCCCGUUUGGCAAGCGGCGGGCGGAGCGCCGGCACUGUGGCGCCGCCCGACACCGGAUAACGGGGACGGCCGUCGGGCACUCGCUCAGCCGGAGGGGGGCGCGGCACGCCGCGGGGGGCGGCAGGGCGGCCGCGGGCCCGGCUGCCCGGAGAGCAACGGCAAAGACGGAGCGCGAGGCGGGGUUCGCCCUUCCCCUGGCCCCGCGGGGCCGGGCUCCGGGGCGCUUCCGCGGGGAACGGCGGGAAACCGGGGGCGGGGGAAGGGCCGCGCCGAGGGGGAGCUGACCGGAGCGCCCCGCCCCGACGUGAUCCCGUCCCUGCGCCUGCGCGCCCCGACCGCGUUUGUACCUGCGGAGCCGCCGUCGCUCCCCGCCGUCCCAGCCUGGCGGCCGGCCCGGCAGCCGGCGGCGGGAGUUCCGCCUCUGCGGGCGGCGGGAUGCGGUCCGUCAGCUACGUGCAGUGCGUGGCGCUCGACUUCGGCGGCAGCCUCUUUCCGCACGCCAUCUGCCUGGGGGACGCUGACAACGACGCGCUGAAUGAGCUAGUGGUGGGAGACACCAAUGGGAAACUCUGUGUUUACAAGAACGAUGACAACAAACCGUGGGCUGUGCGAUCUUGCCAAGGAAUGCUCACAUGUGUUGGCGUGGGAGAUGUAUGCAAUAAAGGAAAGAAUCUCGUAGUGGCAGUGAGUGCAGAAGGCUGGUUUCAUCUUUUUGACCUGACUUCUCCAAAACACCCAGAUGCUUCAGGCCACCAUGAGUUGGCAGCAGCAGAAGAGCAGAAGCCAGUGUUCAAACAGCACAUUCCUGCCAACACCAAAGUCAUGCUGAUCAGUGACAUUGAUGGAGAUGGCAAGUGUGAGUUGGUGGUGGGUUACACUGACAGGGUGGUACGUGCCUUUCGCUGGGAGGACUUGUCGGAGAAUCCAGACCAUGUUUCUGGACAGUUGCUCCUGUUGAAGAAAUGGCUGCUAGAAGGUCAGGUGGACAGCCUGUCUGUGAACCCAGGUCCUGAUGGCUCUCCGGAGUUGAUGGUGUCUCAGCCAGGCUGCGGUUAUGCCAUUCUGCUGUGCACCUGGGACACUGAGCAGCAGGCCACGACAGAGGGAAGAGACAACUCUGCCCCAAGCAGCGAGGCACCUAUUAGAGAUGUUAUUCUACACCAAACAUCUGGACGGAUUCACAACAAGAAUGUUUCUACUCAUCUAAUUGGCAGCAUUGGCCGAGGCUGCUCCAGUGAGAAUAGUGGCUCGGGUCUCUUUGCCCUCUGUACUCUGGAUGGGACACUGAAGCUCAUGGAGGGAGCAGACAAACUGCUCUGGUCCGUGCAGGUUGAUCACCAGCUGUUUGCUCUGGAAAAGCUGGAUGUUACGGGCAAUGGGCAUGAGGAGGUGAUUGCCUGUGCAUGGGAUGGUCAGACAUACAUCAUCGACCACAAUCGGACUGUUGCCAGAUUUCAAGCAGAUGAGAACGUCAGUGCGUUCUGUGCAGGCCUCUAUGCAUGCAAAGGAGGAAGCAACAGCCCCUGCCUGGUUUAUGUCAGCUUCAAUCAGAAGAUCUACAUCUACUGGGACGUGCAGCUGGAGAGAAUGGAGUCCACCAACCUGUUGAAAAUCCUGGAUUGUGACCCAGAGUUUGGAAGUCUCCUGCAGCAGCUGGGUGUGGAAAGAAGCGACGUUUCUGCUGUCAAAGAUCUGAUUCACAAAACACUGUAUUUUCCUGAAAAACAGCAGCAGCAGAGCAGCCCUUUGCAGUGUCAGGACCCUGCUGGAACAGACUCCCCUGCACACUACACUGUCAUCCAGGAUUCCUUAUGACAAGUCAUGUGAAGGUUGACAUCUUUUGUAUCGGCAUAAAUUCUUCUCCGACUGGAAUCGGAUGUCUCAUGAAGAUGAGACUGUUCUUCUCCCAUCUCUCUCAAAGCUUCCAGACAGCAAACGAUGUACAGGCCGGGUUCUGUGGAGGGAUGUGCUUGGCUGUAGGCUUGAGUGAAGGUGGUGGGUUGAUUUGCUUUUAGCUGAGGAAGCUACCAGAACAGCAAGAGUCCAGGGUCCUGCUCAUUUGCCUUCCAUUGACAGUUUCCGUGUUCUCUGCUAGCUAAAACGUUUUAUGGGUGACUGUGAAGGAGCACUGAGGACAUAGAUGGAGAAAAUAGCUGAGCUCAGUCUCUGUUUUGGCCUAUUCUUACAACUGGUCUAGUGAUUACUUCUGAGUUCUUAGCAGGAUCCCAGUGCAGGAACUGCAGAUGGAGGAACUGAGGUAAGGGCCUUCUCUCCCAUUUAAGUGUGUUUUGAAGGUAGACUUUUGUUUGCCUUUGCUCUGCUGCUGCUCUUCUACCAAGCAGUUUCUCACAAACCACCUGCUGUUCUGAGGAGCUGGAGACAUGUGUGAGAAGAACCAUAACUGGUACUAAUAAGGUGUUGAGAGGUAACAGCUCCAGCGAACCCCAUUGUACUCAAGAGCAUUGCUUGUCUCCGUCCUCUUGGGCAGGGUGAUCCCAGGGAUGGCUGUGACUUAUCAAAGAAAGCAGCUGUGAACUGGGCAAUAAGAGGAAUCUGUCUUAACCAUGGAUCUGUAGUGCUGUGAGAGCUUGGCCAUUCCACAAUAAGCAGUGGGAAUGCAACACUUCCCUCUUGCCCUGCUAUUUUGAGUCCUGCACAACUGAAAAAGGUGGACUGGAGGUAAUGUUCCACUUGCUGGUAUGCAAAGUCUGGAAAAGGCUAUUGCUCUCCCAGGCUGCUUACAUGGAAAGGCCCAGGCAGGAACCUUUCCACAUGCUGCUGAUGUUCUGCUUUUCCUCAUCUCAGCUUGCCCAUUGCUUAACUCAGCUUAUUAGGAUAGGAGCAGCAGGCUCACCUGCCAUUUUGCGUCUAUUAUCUUCUCUCAGUUGUGUGAUGUUUUAUUGGACAUGCGUAAUGGAUGGAGCUGUCCCUUCAUCCUUACGGCAGCCUGAGUUGUAGCAAAUAUAAUUUAGUGAUCUCUUUUUAGCCAAUGGUAACGCUUAAAGAUCCUGCAGGCUGUUGAAAACCUGCUGUUACACACUCUGCAAAACAUCCAAGGGCAGCCCUUACUGGGAGAAGGAACUUUGUAUAGAAGAAAGGAGCAUCUUGCCCUUGGAUCAAAAGGACUUUUGUUGAAGUAGACCUAUGUGGUAGGAGGGCAGGAUCUUCACAUAAACAGCCCUCGCUUUUCUUUGCAAUUUCCAUCCAUAGGUUAAUAUAAGCUUUAUAGAGGACAGUUUCUGUCCUCUGUGUUUGAUAGCUGUGAAAGUUGACACAUGGAGCAGUGAAAUGGUAUGACCUGUUCUGUACCAGCUAGCUUGCUUCUCAGACCACUUUAAUAACCUCACUGAGAAGCAUUUUUAAGUGUUCCUCUGUCAUAUUAAGUGCUUGUGUACAACUGGACCCUUCAGGCAAGAGCUCUCAAGUCAUAUUAGUGCUUUACUAACAGUGGUGUUCAGAGCAGCAGGGCUUGAGUUUGUCGUUGUGGAGAGCUGACAGUACCAUCGACUGAUGGGCUAAAGCAAGGAGUUGUCUUGAAGCUUGUCAGCUUUGGCCUGUAACCUCAAGAAAUCGUCAGCUCUCAAUGAUGCUGAGGUGUACAGCCGCCCAUCCCAGUGGGAAAUCACCACUGCUUCUGGUAAAUUGGUCAGUGUGACCGCUUGGGCUCUCAGGAGUCUCAUAGUCCUUUCUUAAUGAGGAUGAGUCUUGUUGAGGCUGUUAACUAGAUCACAGUAUAUUGUUUCUUGCUACUUCCAGGUUUCUGUUUGCCAAAAUCUAAAGCUGCUCUUUACAAUCACCAAAACAAGUAAGGAUGCUCCCUUCUCUCCCUUGAGGUGAAGCAGUAGCUACUCUUACCUCCUCCCCUUGGGGCCCAGCUGAGUUGGGGAGAUGCAGAUGUCCCUACAGGUGAAGUGAACAGUUUGGUUUCGCUUUAUUCUGAGAUAUUUUCCGCCUAGCCCUGUUGAUUUUUAAUCCUGCACUUAAAAAUUGGUGGAACUGACACGAAGAGGGACCACAGUGGAGGAGGACUCUGCAGAGCAGUUUCCAGAAGCGUACAACAGAAAUAGCAUUGUAGUGAUGUCCCUGAAGAGGCCUGUGUCUUGGCGUAUGCUGUUCUUCCAUCCUGAACACAGACUGCUGUUCUUUCUCUACUUAAGGUUGUGUAUUUUCUUGUCCUGUGCCCCCCCCUCAACCCCCACUUAAUUCUGUGGCUUCUGUCUCACCCCCCCAGGGACAGAAACAGGAUGGUAACAAGCAACAGAAAAUAGUAAUGCCUGAGGUUUUCAGUCAUGGCUCACACAACCUGCCAUGUGUACUGCUGCACAGAUGAUGGGCUCUUCUGUUGUGUGUGCUUUGACAAAAACAGAUGGACUCCUACCACAACUUGUGCCUGCCAUGGCUCCACUCAACAUUGUUUGGCUUUGGUUUGGCUUCUGCACAGAAGUACUCUCUCUUUUGAUCCUCUGCUGGAUCCCCAGAGGUUUCUGCAGCAGUUGCCUGGAGCAUUUUAUUUGCCUGAGAGUUGGGCCAGGCUGAGCUGAGCUGGUAGCUGAGUCUUGCAGGCUAUUGCAGCGCUGCUAUGUUGUAAUUCCUUCUUGAGGCCUGACAGGAUUGCCUACACGCGUUAACAGAGAACAACUCAAUGCUGUCUGUCCAUGCCAAAUAUAAACCUUUAUUAGCAACACAAACGCAAGGGGGAUACACGUGGUUGCAUGACUGAAACUGUUUUAUGCAAAACAAAUUUUGUUGUACAGGUCAAAUGUUUUCCAAGGGAGGAAGGUCAAAUUGAUCCAGUGUUGGACUGUUAAUUGUUGAGAAGAAACAAGAAAGGGUUAACGCAGGAGAGAUGACAUUUUCCGAAGAACCAUCUUUAAAAGAAAAUGGGGCAAAACUAACGUAAAUGUUGGACAGGGCAACCUGUGCAAACUAGCCCUCGUCUCUUGCUAGCCCGAGGGUAACAUUGCUGCUGCGUGCUCUGCAAGCGCAGGUGUGCUCCAUUGUGGAAAGCAGAGGUGAGUAUACACAUCAUGAGCUACAGAUCAUCCGUUCCCCAAAACUCGUCAGCUCUUAAAACCAUUUGAGGGGUUCCCCUGUCAGUUUUAUAUUGGUUACAGCACAUAAUAACUUGCAGAUGUGUUUUGUUCCUGUGCCCCUUGUGCACAAAGGAAAAUCAAAACUGCCCACAGAUUAAUUAAUUGGAACUUAACGUGUUGUUCCUCGGCCAAAACAUGAGUUUCCUUCUUUUUUGGUGCCCUGAACUCCUAAGUGACAAUUAGUAGACUGGCUACAGUCAAUACUUCCCCAAGUCAGUGCUUCAGGCUGCUUCCACUGGCAAUAAUUUUCUGUGAAGUAUACAUCGAAAUAAGAGAAGGAGCCAUGGGCUCUGUCUUUGGACUGAUGGAGUUACAUUAUAGUUUCAUUGUAACUCACUGUCUGUCUGUCCUUGCCAGCCAACACAAGCUGCAGAGUUGGAAAUUAGCAGUUGUUCCUUCCUACGCAGCAGAAAAGGUUGCUUGCUGCGCCUUACUCAGUAGCAGAUUGGCAUAUCCACUGGUGCCAGGAAGCUCUUUGACAGGGCAGGAAUUGCGAGACGCGUUUGUAUGUCCCAGUGCCAGCACACAGCAAGUGAGGAGUCCAACAGCAUUUGCAGACAGCGGGAGCAUUUGCAGAUAAAUGAUUUAUGGCUUUGGUUGCGACAUUCAAUUCACUAGCAAGAAAAUAAAGGGAAAGGGUUGUUUUAUUUUCCUGAGACGUAAUAAACCCCCUGGCCGUCCCUGCUCUCAUUUUUAUGAUCUCUUUGCUGAAUGCAGUUAUUUCUAUAUCUCUUCAUGCAUAUCCUGGCAUUUGCAAAGGAGGACUGAGUGCAAACAUACGUAGGUGACUCAGUGGUCUUCAGUUCCAUAACUCACAUACUAGUAGUGAAAGAAGGAGCAGGCCCCUGGGAAUAUGGAUGGCUGGAGCUCCUGUUCUGUUCAAAACCAAGUGACCCCAAGCUCCUGGAAAUGGUCCUGACUGUGGCUUUGGCAAAGUCCACGUUCUAGGGAUAGGUGUCCACUCUACUGGAAAGCAGCCCUGGUAGGAGCUGACCACCAACGUGGUUCAGAGAGAUUAUCCAUAAAAUAAUAACAUUCCAUUGUAUUGAAGGGAUGGGCCUCAUCAUGUGGAAGCCAGUGUUGGACUUGUAGAGGAUGUGUCUAUGUCCUGCUCUGAGGUGGCAGAUUGUACUAAAUUUCUACUUUACACAUGAAAGCAUUACCCUUUUUUGAUCUCCAGUGGAAAAGAUCUUUAGAUGGUUUCUUCUUCCGCCUUGUCCUCCAAAAGACUGGAAUUGGGAGUAGGGAAGUGUAUGUGUAUAAUAGACUUUUCCAAAAGAAACUACAAUUGAGACAGUCUUCAGCCUUGCCAACUCACUUAAAAGUUACUUACUGGGUUCCUUAACAUAGGAGGACUUUUAAAAGUUACCAUGUUUGUAGAUGGAGUUAAGUUUGCUUCUUUGAGAUGUUGCAACUUCUAUUUUAUAAUCACAUCUUUUAAAGCUAAGAUUUCUGUCUUUAACAAUGGAAGCUGGGAUUCCCAUGUAAUGACACAAAGAUGCUGGUCUUUGAAGAAAACACCAAUUUGGGCAAGAAUUCAGAAUACACGUGUUAAGGUCAGUAAACAACAUGUCUUUUAAUGACAAGGAACUUUGGGAGAUGGAAACCUACAAGGAGUUUUGUUUGAGAUGAGGAAACCAGGUACUGACACUGUAGGAUUAGACUGUGAUUUAGGGAAUGAGUUGAAGUGAGGUGUCAGGCGUGGCGUUAUGACCUGCAGUUCUCAUUUAAUUGUAUAAAUUACUUAUAUUUUUUUUUCCCUGUAAGCUCUACUUGCAACUAAGCUUGCUGGGGAGCUUCCAGAAUAACUGUUGGCAACAGCUUCCUCAGUGUCUGAGUGGAAGAGACCUUCACUCUGUGGACUUGCAUGUUCAACUGACAUAGACAAGAGGAAAGUGAAAAACAUGUUUCUGCUCUGGAGCUGAUUUCACAGAUGAAGAGAAAAGCUCUCACACGGUAAUUUAGUGCUUGCUUGGAAACAAUCUGUGACUGAUAAGUGGCACAGUCUACGUUUAUAUAUGCCAGUAUAUAUACAAUUAAUGUAGUUGUUAAGAACAGAGAGGAAAGGCUGGCAAGAUAGUGGCACAAUGUGAGACAGUAUUAGCAACCAGGGCACAGGCAAGUAUUAAGAAGGCAAGAAUUCAUUUUGGAAGAAGCAAAUUUGUCACUUACCAGUGUGGAAGAAUGAAUGCUUUGCCUGGGGGAAGGAGCAUGCAAAGAAGGAUUCAUUAUGCAGAGGAGAGAGGGACAGAUAGGGCUGGUGAUUUCCACCUAUUGUAACACAUUAAUUCGCAGAGGAACCUGAGCUAUUGGGGAUUUGAAAAAUGAGGCAUGUGAAUCACAGAGAAGCUUCAGGAGGACCGGAGGAUGUUCUGAAGAUGAGCAGAAGCAGAGUUAUCCUGAGACUAACAUCUAUGAGCAGCACCUGUGAAUUUCAACAGCAGCUAGUGUGCCAGUAUCUGCAGGGCUGUAAAGUGACAGGCGCUAGUCACAAUAGAACUGUCAACUCCAAGUCAUGCCAAUUUUAUGUAGGAUCCCAUCCAGCACCCUUUAAAUCAUUGGAGAGAUUCCUCUUGCCUUCAGUCUGAGUUUGGGAAGACUCCUACUCACCUACACCCUCACCAGAGCCCAGUUCCAAAAAAUGCACGCCCACCACCUAGGGCUCCCACACAGAAGUGGCCAGGACUGAAAGCUGUUAGUGGCCCUCACCUUCCUUUGGUAGCCACUUGUGGGCACCAACAAAGCCUGGCAAAAGCUGUCAGACACUCUGGAAGGCAGCAGAGACAUGCCUGGGCGUCAGCAAAGCCUGGCAAAAGCCCUGGGGUGCUCUGGAAGGGAGCAGGGCCCUUUGCAGACCUCACAAAACCUGGCUAAAGCUUUGGGGCACUCUGGAGAGAAGCAGGGCCCCUGGCAGGCAAAAGCAAAGCCCGGCAAAAGCCCUGGGGUGCUCUGAAGGGAAGCAGAGCCUCUUGUGGGCACUGGCAAAAGGAAUAGGGUAAGGGUUAGGGUUUGAGCCAUUAGGGCAAGGAGUUAGAGAUAGGGUUAGGGAUGGGGUCGGUGUUGGGAGUUAGGGGUCUGAGUUAGCGUUAGUUUUAGGAUUAGGGCUAGAUUUUUGGGAUUAGGGUUAGGGGGUUAGAGUUAGGGGCUAAAAUUUAGCAUUUUAGGUUUAGGGGUUAGAGUUAGGGGUUAUGGAUUAGGUUAGGAGUUAGGGAUAGGGUUGGAGUUAGGGAUAGGGUUAAGGUUAGGUUUACUGUUUAGGGGUGUUAGGGGUUAGUGGUGGGGUUAGGGUUAGUGUUAGGAGUUAAUGUUAGAUUUAGAAUUAGGAUUAGUUUCUGGAAUUUGGUUUGGGUCGUUAGAUGUAGGGGGUUAGGGGCAAGGAGUUAGGAUUAGUGGUUAUGGUCAGAGAUAGGGAUUAGGAUUAGCAUUAACAUUUAGUGUUAGGGUUAGGUUUAGUCUAGGGUUGGGGUUUGGAGUUAGGUUUAGGUGCUAUGUUAAGGGUUAGGAUUAGGGGUGAGGGAUAUGGUUAGGGUUGGUUUAAGGGUUUGAGAUAGGGUUAUGGUUGGGG